AUGGGCAAGUAUUUGACGCCGUGGUGUACCGAGCGACAAUAUUUCGCUCCUGCCCCGUUCCUAAACGUUCGACAGUCCCUUGUCUUCACAGUUUUCGUGAAGCUAGUAAAGUCGAGUGUUGGAUUUUUGCCAGCUAAACUACGCUGAGUCGGAGGGGGUCGCGUGAGCGAUAAUGGCAUCGGUUCUGCUCGAAGCCCAACCCAGAUCCAACCCCACAUUCGCCGAAAAGUCACGAAAUUUAAACGGCAUUUGCGCAACGGUAAGGCAACAACUGUUGUUCGCACGUGCGCGUCAGCGGCCUGCCCCAAGCGCGCCCCUGAUUGGCUGACAGGCCGGGCAGUACGUGCGCACUCCCAAGACGUGAACGCACGCGUGAUUACGGGCUUCCAAACCACCUCCAACGGUUCGGCGAGAAUGAGCGAAGCUCUCGACUUAAGCGUCAACUCACCGUCAGCACAGGAUCCGAGUCCACUUCACGAUCGAAGACGACGAUUGGACCAGGUGGACGCCAGUCCCACUCCAGACCUCCUUGUGCCCUUCCCUUGUGGAGCGGAAUUCCUUCAAAAAUGCGCAAAAUCCUUCGGUCACCUGCCCCCACCGCCGCCGCCGCCUCCAUAUUUGAUAGCUGGUGACGGAGCCAACUCCGGCAGACUUGAAGCGGAUUCGUCGUCUGUUAGUCAUGACUUGGAGGCUGAAGAGUGGCAUGGCGCGGUGUUCUUUGUUGACGCACAGACUGCGAGAUAA